AUGUCACAUACAUCCAUUAGCAGCACGACCGAGAAGGUGGCGGAUCUCGAGUUCGCAGACAAUGGAAACGACACAGGAGAUAUCGAACGUGAAAAAGAACAAACCACUUUCACCGAAAAUACUGGAGAUCACCCAAAGGGCUUCAGACUGGCAAUGGUGAUUCUGGCUCUGGUCCUAAGCGUCUUCUUAAUUCGCGAUUCUGACAUUUCACAGACUAUUGUAGCAACAGCCAUACCUCACAUCACCGAUGAGUUCCACAGCUUAGACCAGAUUGGCUGGUACGGGUCGGCAUUCUUCCUCACACUAGCUUCCUUCCAAUCCACCUGGGGCAAGGUUUUCAAGUUCUUCCCACUGAAGGCAUCAUUCAUGACCACAAUUGCUAUUUUCGAACUGGGAAGUUUGAUAUGUGGAGUUGCCCAGAACAGCAGUAUGCUCAUUGCAGGUAGAGCCAUCGCUGGGCUUGGAGCUUCCGGUAUCUCCACCGGAUGCUACACCAUUAUUGCGUUCGCAGCACCUCCCCGCUUGAGACCCGCAUUUACUGGUAUCCUAGGAGCGACAUUUGGGGCUGGCAGUGUUGUCGGGCCUCUUUUGGGUGGUGUGUUCACUGAUAAGGUCUCUUGGCGCUGGUGUUUCUACAUCAAUCUCCCAAUAGGAGUUCCCUCAAUUAUCGUCAUUCUUUUGCUGUUCAAGACGCCGUCAACAGCCAAGCCUUUGCAAGCCCCACUAUUGGAGAAGUUCUUGCAAAUGGACUUCACUGGGACUUCCUUGGUCGUGGCAGCGACAAUAUGCUACCUUCUUGCGAUGGAAUGGGGAGGCACCACCAAGUCAUGGAGCUCAGGGGAUAUGAUUGCCAUGUUGGUUCUCUUCCCGGCGCUGAUUCUUCUCUUCGUCUUGAACGAAUGGUGGCAGGGCGAGAAAGCGCAACUCACCUUUAGGAUAUUGAAACACAGAACUAUGCUGGCAGUCUGCCUCUUUGCUUUCUUCUUUGCUGGGUCUUUUUUCACUUUGCUCUACUACCUGCCAAUUUAUUUCCAAGCCAUCGACGGAGUAUCCGCACAAGCAUCAGGAGUCCACAAUCUUCCUCUCAUCAUUGCACUGACAAUCUCGACAGUUGCUUCUGGUGGACUGAUAUCCGCCUUCGGCCACUAUGCUCCAAUCCUGUUCACUGGAGGAGUAUUGACCACAAUUGGCAUGGGAUUGAUCUAUACCCUCCAAAUCGGCUCGAAAUCUUCGCACUGGAUUGGCUUCCAAGUAUUAGCAGGUUUUGGCGUCGGCUUUGCCUUCCAAGUCCCUCAAAUCGUCGCCCAGUCCGUCUGUGACCUUCACGAAGUGUCGCACUUCACAGCCAUCAGCCUCUUUUUCCAAAUGAUGGGCGGUACAUACUUCAUCUCUGCGGCACAGUCGAUUUUUGCGAAUAAACUUGUUGAUCACUUGAAGGUCAAUGUUCCUGAGAUUGAUCCAACGACGGUGGUUGGACUGGGCGCUACGCAGUUCCGCAGCAUGCUACCUUCCACAGCUAUAUCAGGUGUUGCGUUGUCGUAUAUGAAAAGUUUGAAUAUUGUGUUUGUGUUGGCUACUGUAUUGGCUGGGGUUGCAACUGUUGUUAGUGUGGUUGCGAGGUGGGAGAAAAUUCAGGUCAGGAUGUAA